AUGCUUGAGGGUGUCUUGGCGUCGGUUCUGAACCGUUUCCUAGCGCCCUAUGUGGACGGUCUGAACACCAAUCAGCUCAAUGUAGGCAUCUGGAGUGGAGAUGUCAAGCUGCGCAAUCUGCGUUUGAAGCGAUCUGCGCUCGACAAGCUUCGGCUUCCCAUCGAUGUAAAGGAGGGGUAUCUCGGCCAGCUCACUUUGUCGAUUCCAUGGUCGAACCUCAAGGGGAAGUCUGUGCGAGUCUUGAUCGAGAACGUGUCGUUGCUGGCCGCUCCUCGUGAUGCUUCUGUGGCCGUGGACGAAGACGAGGAGGAAGAGCGUCAGCAGGCUUUAAAGCAGGAAAAACUUGCGCAAUCGGAGGUAAUUUCAGCGGGCUUAAGUGUCAAGCCUGAGGAAGAGGACACACAAAAGACUGAAUCGUUUAUUAGUUCGCUCGUGACGCGUGUCAUUGACAAUGUUCAAAUCACAGUGCGCAACAUCCAUAUCCGCUACGAGGACAAGAUAUCGAAUCCCUUGCAUCCUUUUUCGAUCGGUAUCACACUUGCAGAGCUGUCUGCUGUAUCGACCGAUGGCAAUUGGGAGCCGACGUUUGUCCACAAUUCGUCGUAUGGUAUCCAUAAGCUGGCCCGCCUUGACUCCCUGUCCAUCUACUGGAACACAGAUGAAGAGUUUAUCACGUCAGAAUCAAGUGAAGAUCUCCAGGACCGCCUGACUUCUCUGAUCCCUGCCAAAGAUAAACGCCCAGACCACCAAUAUAUCCUAGAACCUGUGUCCGGUGUAGGCAAGUUGGUCAUUCGUCAUACAGCCACCAAGGAGCAACCAAAGAUGGAUGCCCAACUUGUGUUUAACCAAAUCGGAAUUACACUGGAUAACCAGCAAUACACGGAUGGCCUGAACAUGGUCAACCUGUUCAGUUUCUAUGCGCGCCAAGUGCAAUACCAACCGUUCCGUCCCACAGCUGCGGAACUCGAAGAGAAUCGACCUCGUGCGCUCUUCCAGUUUGCCGCACGUGCUAUUCGCAACGAAGUACACCAGCGCAGACGGGUCUGGACGUGGGAGUUUAUUCGAGAGCGUCGGGAUAUGCGGCGCGAGUACAUUCGGCUGUUCAAAGAAUACCUGCAUGCUGGUCCAACGAUCAACUCGGAUGGAUCUGUCACGCCCAAGAGCGACGAGAUUAUGGCCCUAGAGCGCAAACUUGAGUACCGCGAUAUUCGUUUCUACCGUACGCUCGCGCGUCGCGAAGUUCGGAAAGAGCGGUUGGAUACCCAGGUGGCCGAGGCCAAGGAGGAAAAGCGUGCUGCUACUUCGGGCGGAUGGCUGGGCUGGCUAUGGGGCUCCUCCUCCUCGGAGUCCAAGCCGGAAGACGAUGUAUCGCUGAAUCAGCAGCAGCGCAAGGAGCUGUAUGAUGCGAUUGAAUGGGACGAAGAAACAGGCAAAUCCAUGCUUGUAUCGCUGGAUGACAUCCCACCAGAGAUUGUGCGCGUGCACGUCACGGCUAAGCUGAACGGGGGAUUCUUGCAGCUGCGCGAUAGCCAGACACGGCGUCCGCUUAUGGCGAUGGUGUUUGAAACGCUCCAGGGCGAGCUGCAUCAGCGUAUGCACAGCUUCCUCACGUCGAUCUCCCUCGGCUCCUUGCGUGUGGAGGACAGCACGACGAAGGAUAGCCAGUUCCGCGAAGUGGUGCGUGUCCGUGAUGCCACCGAUGUGGAUGAAUCCAUCCCGCUGUUUUAUUUGCAGUACGAGGACCAUCCUUUGGAUGGCCGUGCCGAUUCCGCAUUGGAACUGCGUAUGCGUUCGCUGGAAAUCGUGUACCACGCGUCAUACAUUACGGCCAUCUCCCAGUUCUUCGAGACGCCUGAGACCGAGUUAGAAGUGAUCGGUGCAUUGAUGGAUGUGGCCAGUUCCAAGCUGGAAGGUCUGCGUCGUGAAACGCGAGCUGGCUUGGAGAAUGCACUGGAAAACCACAAAAAGAUGGACAUUGCAUUGGACGUGCAGUCGCCUAUCUGGGUCUUGCCGGAGAGUGUCACGAGUCGUGAUGGCGAUGUGCUCAUCCUGGAUGCUGGCCACCUAGCCGUGCGUUCGUUGUUGGUCGAGCCGCAGACGAUGGAUGAACUUCGGUCUAAGCAUUUUAGGAAGUAUACGGACGAGGACUAUCGCCAGCUGGAAGAGCUUAUGUACGACCGCUACUUUAUCAAGCUGGAGGCUGUACAGUUGGUGCUGGGCGACGACUACAAUGCAUGCAUUCAUGCAUUGAGUGUGGAAGAAGAGCGUGAGCUGCACUUGCUUGAGCGUAUCAACUUGUCGUUUACCUUACACAGCUCGAUCCUUCCCAACGCCCCCAAUCUGACGAAGUGCAAAGUCACAGGUUCGCUGCCCAGUCUGCAGAUCCAUUUCUCCGACAAGAAGUAUCACACGCUCCUGAACUUGAUCUCUGUUGCGAUGCCAGGGGGCGACGAGCCUCCCACGCAGUCUCCGCCACUGAGGCGUAUGGAUUCGUACGAUCCUUUGCAUCAACGUCGUAUGCGCAUUGCCGAUCAGCUGAGGGGCGUGGAAGAUACGUUGUUGGACGAGGAGGAUGUGUACGACGAAAAUGUGAGCGAGCUGGAUAGCGAGAACGAGACUUUCCAAGAGCCGCAGGUUGUUGGUCCUGAGCAGUUGUCCGAGCAGCAGACGAAGUUUGAGUUCCAGUUGGUCGUUGAUCAAGUCUCGGGUACCAUCAGCAAAUCAGCUACCGACGAUACAGCGGAGCAGCAGCUGGCCGAGGCGGUGUUUAGGCAUUUCCGGCUGGGUGUGUAUGUGCACAAAUACAAGCUCCAAGUGGAUGUGAGCCUUGGAUCGCUGGAUCUUGUCGAUUGUGUAGUGGAGCAGGAGCCCAUGUUCCGCCAUAUGAUCACCUCGCGGGCGCUGGAGGAAUGGACAGGACGUGCUGAGACACCUGAAGCGGACGCGCAUGAUCUUGUGUUUGUGCGCUUCAUCAACGUCGAGCCAGAAUCGGCCGAUUUCCAGGAGGUGUAUGAUGGCAUCGAGAACUCCGUCACGGUAACGCUCUCGACGAUCAAUCUAAUGAUUACGCGUGUCACCGUACUGACUGUCUACGACUGGAUCCUGCAAACGUUUACGACGCCAGUGGAGGAAACGGCGCCCGCCAAGACAGUCUCCGCAACGACGACAGCCACGACGCCAUCACGCUCUACACAGGCUGUUGAGGCCUCAUCGUCGUCCAAGUUCCGUAUGAAGCUGAAACUAUCGUCCAUUCUUCUUCGGUUGAACGACGAUGGCGUCUUGCUUUCGACAUUGACUUUGUCUACCGCGGACAUUGCGAUUCUCUUCCGCGACAAUUCCAUGCGUAUGGCUGCGCGCGUGGGCUCGCUCUCGCUGAUUGAUGAGCUGCAUCGUGACCGUGCUGAUCCCUCGUUUGCGAAUCUGCUUUCCAUUGAAGGCGAUGAACUAGUGGAUAUGGCGAUGGAGACGUUUGACCCGCAUGAUGCACAGUACCCAGGCUACGACACCUACUUGUGGCUGCGAUGCAACACACUGAAGCUCGUGUAUGUCCCUGAGCCGUACGCGGAUAUUGUCGCCUUCUUUGCCAAGAUGGCCAGUAUGAAGUCUGUGUACCUCGUCGCAGCAGAUGCUGCCUCCAAUCAGGCAUCGCAGCUCCAAGCUCGUCAAGGUCUGACCAAGUACGAUAUUUUGAUUAAGAGUCCCAUCGUGGUACUUCCGCAAGAUAUUCAUGGAUCGGACCAGUUGCGCGCUCACCUCGGCGAGAUGUAUGCGCACAAUGUGAUCAAACGCAAAGAUACGACAUACGAAUCUACGCUUGAGGCAGGUCUGCGUCAGAUCCGUGUCGUGUCCCUUCUCACGCAUGAAGGUCAGCAGCAUACGCUGCGCAUGCUUGACGAUGUGCAUGUAGCGCUCACCUUAAAAGAAGAGGCGCCCAUGUCACUUACCCCCACGGAUGCGACACAUACACUGCAGUUCUCUGCUAGCAUUUCUGACAUUACGAUGUCGCUCACCCAGAGGCAGUACGCUGUGGUGAUGGGCAUUCUGAAGCACAUCAACAAGGUGGGCCCUAUGCCGGACGAGGCGGCAUGUACUCCACCCUUGCCAGCAUCUCCCCUAGCUAUGCCGCCCAAGGCAGAGGCAGAGGCGGUGGCAGACGCAGACGCAGCCUCGGAUCUGGCAGUCCCCAUGGCUUUCUGCGAAGGUCAUUUGAGUUUGCAUGCCAUUCAUCUCCACUUGUUUGAUGAGCAUGCGACAUCGCCCACGACGUUGGAAGACUCGCGCCUGUUUGAGUUCGUGCUGCAGGAUGCGAAGUUGAAGGUGCAUCAGGAUGCAAAGACAGGCCGUGAUAUUGAGGUGGAUAUCAAGUCGUUUGCAGCGUACGAUGCACGUCCGAAGCUUCAGUCGCAGUUCCGUGAGCUUAUCCCGCCGAUUUCGCACGAUGGUCAUCAGAUCAUUUUCAACUAUACCAUUUCGCCGCCUCCGGCGAACUCGGCAGUGGCCAUCGUGACGAUUGACAGUCCGAAGCUGAUCUUCUCGCUGGAUCCUCUGUUUGCGUUGACGCGCUUCCUAUCGUCUGCUUCUGCGACUUCCUCGACUGUUACGUCGACCGUGGCUGCCAUUACGGAGGCCAAUAUCGACGAAGAAGGGGAUGACAUACCUGCACUAUGCCAGCAACCCAAUUCCACGCUAGAGAAUGGUGGCGCAAGCGAUACGAACGCGGUGGUUGAUACGGAAGCGCCUACCGAGGCCCAGACUGACACUACUGCCACUGUGCCGAGUACGAAUGAUAAGGCAUUGAAGGCCGAACCUGAGGCGGAAGAGCCUGCUACUAACAAGGAGGAUGAACCCUCUACCCCCUUGGCCUUCUCGUUCCGUGUAAAUAUCGUGGAGCCACGCUUUAUUUUGCUCUCGUCGCCUGAGCAGGCCAAUUCGCAGGCUCUUGUCAUUAUGAUCCGCCAAGUGGUACUAUCACAACAGACUAUUUUGGCUUUGUCUAUCACGCAGCUUGGCGUGUUUACGUGGCGCAUGGAUGCCCAGCAGGAUCGGCACCGCUUGCUCAGCAAUGUCGACAUUUCGCUCUCGAUGGAUGCGCGCCUUACCGCUACCGGCAUGCUGACCAGCAUCGAAGUGGAUAUGGACCGUCUGUACUUGCGUCUUACACGCAGCGAUAUCCUCCUUAUAUCGACCGUGCUUUCGAAAGCACUGGAGCUGAGCCUGACUGGCGACGAUGCCUUGUCACAUCGUGCCUCUGCGACGACUACAGCAUCGUCCACCACAGCGUCGAAAGCCCAAAGCAAAGCGGUCAUCCCGUGCGGUAUUCCCUCGUCGAACACGACCACGAACUCCAGCGACGGCCAAGUCCUCUUUGCACGUGAGAUUCUUUUGGUGCGUGGCGCUGGUCUGCAGGUGAUGUUGAUCAGCGAAGUGCAUACCCUGCCGCUCUUGGAUCUGAAAGUCAAUCCAUUCGUGGUUAGUGCUACGGACUGGUCAGCUGACUUGCGUGUGCACACCGAGCUUGGCCUACGUCUGAACAACUUUAACUUGGCCACAUCGUACUGGGAGCCGUUUAUUGAGCCAUGGGACUUGGACAUUCGCUUUGAGACCACAGCUGUGCCGCUCAACAGCACAUUCACCAUCUCCUCCAACAAGUCUCUGGAGAUCAACGUGGCAGCGCUCAUGGUCGAGACAACCACCAACAUGCUUGCUUACCUCGACCAGGACCACCAUGUGAAGGAGGAAGCGAGGCAUAUGGCCCCCUUCCGCAUCUGCAACCGGACAGGCUACCGCCUGAGUGUCUGGUCAGAGUCGACAGUCGGCACGAGUGGGCCACGCAACGGUGCGCACCGUCUAGACAAUGGCCAUGACAUGCCUUGGGCCUUUGGAGAUUGGCGUAUGAUGCGUGAAAAUGCAUCGGAAAUUAUGUACAACCGCCUUGCCGUGCAUGUCGACGACAUGCCUUGGGAGCGUGUGCGUCACAUCUCGGUCGAUCGCGAAGGCGAGUAUGUCAUGGCCUUGCGUCCCAAACUCAACCAUGUCACACACCGCAUUAUGUGCGAAGUGAAGCUGGUGAACAAUGUCAAGGUGAUUACGUUCCAGUCCACGUUCCGUGUGGACAACCGUGCAUUGAUUCCCUUUGAAAUUGGCCUCUUGGACGACAAGGGCGAAUUGAGCUCGACGAUUUUGCGGAUCGAGCCCGGCACGCACUCUGCCUUGCCCAUCUGCGAUGCGUACGACAAGAAGAUCAAGGUACGGCCUGAUCCUGGCCUUGGCUACACGUGGUCCAAUGAAUCUGUGGGCUGGCAGGAUCUCAUGCUGCAAGCCUCGCGUGUAUUUACAUGCCCUGCGCUCGAAGACGGCGAGGCGCCGUUCCAGUUCCAGGCGUAUGCGAUCCGCGAUAUGCAGCAUGCAAGCAGUCGAACGUAUCCGCGCCUCACUCUGGCCUUGCGGGCCCCCGUUGAGAUCGAAAACCUGCUGCCUUACGAUAUCCACUACCGCCUCUUCGAUAAGAACUUGAACCUGAACUGGUCAAGCUACCUUCGCAAAGGCAAUGUAUCGCCUAUUCACGUUGUGGCGUUACAGCACCUUCUCCUGCUAAGCAUCGAGUUGGAAGACUCGGUGUACUCACCCAGCGAGUUCGCCAUUAUUGCGUCAGACAACCCAGACGAUUUCCAAGUGGAGCAUGUCUUGCCGCUUGCCGACGAAUCCAACUUGAAGUUGGAGUUGCGCUUGCAUUACUACACCUACCCUGACUCGGGUGGCGCGUUCAAAGUGCAGAUCUACGCCCCGUAUAUCUUCCUGAACUUGUGCCGUCUGCCUGUCACGAUCAAGUCGCGGCCCUGGGCAGGCCAUUCCAAGAUGGUGGCUGGGCAAGAGUCGGACGAGUCGGAUGUCGAUGCCUGGGAGCACACAAAGCCCUUCUUGCUCUCACGUGCGCGUGAGCGUAACAACCGCUUUGUACUGCGUGUAGGCAACUCGAGUUGGUCGAAGCCAUUGUCGUUCGAUGUGAUUGGUUCGGAAGUGGGUGUCGCCAUCCCAUCGGCGCGCGGCGAUCGCGAGUUGCACCUGGGUCUGGACAUCGAGGAUGGCCUGGCGAAGUUCAAGCUAAGCAAGGUCGUCAAGUUGACGCCGCGGUACAUGGUGCAGAACAUGCUUGAGGAUACGAUCUACUUAGCCGAGACCGAAGGCGGUGAAGCCAUUACCAUUGAGCCUGGCGAGCGUACGCCGCUGCACUGGCUGCAUGUGUCAUCUGAUAAGCGUGCGGUCCUCAGCUACGAGAACCAUGCCGGUGGGUGGACGGCCCCCUUCCUCAUCGAUAACAUCGGUACCGUCUUUUUACGCGCGACAAGUCCUCGUGCACCGCAACACUUGCUUCAAGUGGAUGUGCAGCUGAGCGGAUCGGUGCUGUUUGUCCGCAUCUUGCCUGUGACAGGUACAUGGCCUUUCCUGCUCCGCAACGAAACGCAGCACAAGGUCUUGUUCAUGCAGACGCCGACGGCUGGCGAGGCGCAGCGUGGUACGCAUCGGACCGAGUUGAAACGCUACGUCUUGGAGCCGCGCAGCAAGAUGAAAUAUGCAUGGGACUACCCGGCCGACGCAGACAAAUACAUUCGCUUGCAAAUCAACGGUACUGAGCGUGUCGUGAACAUGUUUGAAAUUGGCUCGUUGCUGCCAUUCAAGUUCGGCGCUCGUGGAUCCCAGCCAGGCGGUGUCGUAUCUCUAGACAUUCGUGCUGACAAUGAAGCGCAAGUGCUAGUGAUUUCUGACUACUCGGAAUCCAAGAGCAAGUUCAAGAUGGCGCAGAAGAAACUGCCGUCGUCCUCGGCUAUGGUCAGCGACGACUUUGAGGCUGUGGAUGUUGAUACGUCCAUUCUCUUUGCCUUCAAGGUGGAAUUGGCUGGCCUCGGCGUCUCGCUGAUUUCGUCCAAGGUGCGCGAGAUUGCCUACAUCACCUUCCGUGGUCUGGAACUGAGCUACACCGAGUCUCAAGUCACCACCGCUGUCAAUGUCAUCUGCAAGUGGAUUCAGAUCGAUAACCAAACACCGGGCAGUAUUUUCCCGAUCGUCUUAUACCCGACUGUGGUACCGAAAGACGGCAAGGAGUUGGAUGUGCACCCCACGCUACAAGCCUCUGUGAUUCGCAGCAAGGACGAUACACACGGUGUUUACCACAUAAAAUACGCCUCUGUCUUGCUCCAGGAACUCACAGCCGAAGUUGACGAGGACUUCCUGUAUGCGGUGUACGACUUUGUGCGUGCUAGCAGUACACGCGCUGAGAAGGAGUACGACGAUAGCGUCUUCAUCGAGCAUCCGGAUGAUUUGCCCGAACCACCUCCCCAGGCGACGAGCAGCGACCAGAUCUACAUUGAGAUCUUGCAUUUGCAGCCGAUUGCCUUGAAUAUCUCGUUCAUGACGACCAACCAAACGGACAUGGAAGACACAGAGAGCUCGCGUACGCUCUUCUUCUACAUCUUCAAUGUGCUUACCAUGGUGCUUGGCAACGUCAACGAAGCCCCCGUACGUCUCAAUGCGUUGGUGAUUGAGAACGUGCGUAUGUCCAAAGAAGUGCUCAUGACGCGCAUGGCCUACCACUACGGCCAGGACUUCCUGUUCCAGGUGCAUCGCAUCCUUGGCUCGGCUGACUUCUUGGGCAAUCCCGUGGGUCUGUUCAACAAUGUCAGCUCCGGUGUUGCUGAUAUUUUCUACGAACCGUACUAUGGCCUUGUCAUGCACGGUAACCGUGAGCUUGGUUUUGGUAUUGCUCGAGGUGCUAGUAACUUUGUCAAGAAGACCGUGUUUGGUGUCACGGACAGUGUCUCGAAACUGACCGGCUCGAUCAGCAAAGGCUUCGCCGCUGUCACGCUCGAUCGCGAAUUCCAAUCUCGAUGGAAGCGUUCUCACUUCCGCAACAAGCCCAAGCAUGCGCUGUAUGGUAUCACUGCUGGCGCCAAUGCGUUGCUGAUCAGUGUGGCUAGUGGCAUUGAAGGCUUAGCGCUCCGUCCUUUGGAAGGUGCUGAAGAAAAUGGCGCUGCUGGCUUUGUCCAGGGCUUGGGCCGUGGUCUCGUUGGCGCUGUGACCAAGCCAGCUGCUGGGUUCUUUGAUAUGGCAAGCAGCAUUACGGAGGGUCUACGCAAUACUACGCUUAUGUUCGAGCAGAACAACAUUGACCGUGUGCGUUUGCCACGUUUCAUCGCAAGUGACCAUACCAUUCGUCCCUACUCGGAACGCGAGGCGCUGGGCCAAAUGUGGCUGCAGACGGCGGAUCAAGGUCGACUCCUGCAUGAUGAGUACGUUGCUCAUGCCAAUACCCCUGGUCCUCAUGGAGGUGCAACGAUUAUGCUCUCCGAAAGUCGCAUCUUGUACAUUCGCACAGGCCGCCUCAAAGUACUAUGGGAAGUGGUCUGGUCGGACCUGAAUACAAUCUCACUGGAAAACGAUGGCAUUUCACUUGUGCUACGUGGCGGUGUCCUAGGUCCUUUCCUACCUAUCACAGAAUCCAGUACACGUCUCUGGCUCUUCCGUCAAAUCUCGGGCGUCGUCCAGAAGUACAACGCCGCGCAUUCGUAG